AUGUCUAGGAUGGAUUCUUUAGAAACACGUUCCAGCUUAAAGUUCAGCAAGUUCACUGGUAAAUUAUGGCAUUUGGUCAACGAUCCUGAAGUAGGCUCAGUCUGCUGGGAUGCCAGUGGAGAAGGGAUACUUAUAUAUGAGCAAGCCUUCAAAGCUGAAGUGCUCAUGCCCCAGACUAGGAAGGUAAAUGCAUACUUCAAAACGACGUGCUUCAGAAGUUUCGUUCGCCAGCUGCAUCUUUAUGGAUUCAGAAAAUUGCAUCCAAACCUUGACAUCUCUGGGCAGCAACACGGCGGCUUCGACAUGGCCCAACCGCACCACUUCUAUAACCCCCAAUUCAAACGGGAAAAUCCAGAGCUUGUAGGCACACUAAAGAGACUCACUCCUGCCAACAAGGCCAAGCUUCGUGCUGCGAGCCCGCUGACCAGACCAACAUGUUCCAAUUGUGCAAUUUCUACUUCACAACAAGAAAACUCUGCUGUGAUGAGAGAGGGUUCAGUCUUGGUUGGACAACAGGGAACUCUUUCUCCAGUAUCUUCGCAUACAGAUGAAAAUGUGCCUGAAUCCGAGUUACACAACGAUGUGCAGUAGAGCAUCCUGCCUCAUCACUCACAGUACGGGUUUUGCACCCCAGGCUGCUGCUGAUGUCAAAGAAAUUGAAAAAAAAUGUGACCAGUCACAUCGAAAGUCAGCUUGAGGAGGGUCUCAGACUUCAAGUCUUUACCAUGAGAUAUAACCAAAAUACAUGCUAAUUACAGGCCUACUGUCACACAUUUAUUCAGAAAACACAUUUAUAAUCUAUGUGCCUUUAAAAUGCAAAACCAGAAGGAUAUUUUCUGUGGAAGAAUAAACAUGCCUGUUUAUUAUUACAAUAAUUAAAUCAACUUCUGACCAAUAAGAUUAAAUAAUUAAUCAGUUCUGUGGUAUAAUACAGUAGGUGUAUGAACACAUAGACUUGAGAACUUUCCAUUUUAAA